UUGGCUCUGAAGUCGGCUAUGAUUCACGAAUCAUAAACAAAUACCGCCUAGCAAGAGCAGAACCAAAAUUGUUGAAAGACAUGUCGUUUGCCAUAAUCAAUUGACAAAAUAUGCCGUUAUCAAAACUGAACUUAUUUGCUUCCUUCGCAUCGAGUCAUUUUUUUUUCGUUCCAUAGUCAGUUUUGUCUCCAAUCACAUCGCAGUAGCGUAGCUUCAUCAUCGAUCAAAUAAUCGUCUACUCACUGGUAACUUCAUCAUCCAUCCAUGAUUCCAUCCCUCCAUCAUUUCCAUGCACUCUCUUCUUUUUUCCUUCACUACUAUCAUUAUUUUCUCUGGUGAACUAUCCUUGCAAAACACCAUUAAUCCUCAUUUCUCAUCGGUGUUUGGCUCCUGAGAAUGUAAGAAAACGAAAAGAGAACAAUUUAGUAGUUUUCCCAUAUUUAUUCUUUGGUUUGGAAACAUCUAAAAGACGUCCUCUAACGUUGUCUUUAGCAACAACCGCACCCCCGCGUUUUUCUUUGCAUGUUUUCCAUUUUGAAAAUACGCGUUUCUGUCCAAGCUACUUGAGCUAUUUGAUUGUCUCAAAAAAAAUUUUCCCUGGGUGGAUUAUUGCUUUAGCGGGGAUGGUGUUGCUACAACCGUCUGUAGCAUCGAGAGAGGAGGAAAUGAAAAACUGACCCGGGUUUGAGUUUGUAAGAUGAGUUUUUUUUCCUUGGGUGGUAUCGACGAAGAUAAGAUGGGAUUGAUGCUAUCUUUUCUGAGUUGUGGCCGGAAGUUGGUGAUCUUGAACCAAUGCACACCAAGUGCUUGAAGUUUUGUCUCCUAAGAGACAAUCUAGGGAAAACGACGGUGGAAUGAACUGCUUCUCUCGCUUGUCUUCCUCUAUAUUUAGAAGGACAAGCCAUUUCUUAGCGACGAGGACUACUAACGCGUCAAAUCAAUCUCGUAUUCCCUUUUGGAGAAGGAGCUUCGAACAGUCCGGCCUCCAUCUAGAAUUUCUCUCCACCAGAUUUCGCAUUCAGUGCUACUCGUCUCGAAAGCCGAGUUUAAAACCUUCGAUUAGGAAAAAGAAGGAUUCUCUGCCAACGACAGUCAUGGACCACGAGAAGGAUGCUUUCUUUGUUGUGCGGAAAGGAGAUGUUGUCGGUGUUUAUAAGAAUUUUGCUGACUGCGAGGCCCAACUUGGAACUUCGAUACUGGACCCUCCUGUGAGUGUCUACAAGGGCUACUCUUUAUCCAAGGACUCUGAGGCAUAUCUUGUUUCCCAUGGGCUUCAGAAUGCUUUAUACACUAUCAGAGCUGCAGAUCUGAAAGAGGAUCUUUUUGGCACGCUCAUUCCUUGCCCUUUCCAGCAACCUGCUUCUUCCAAUGCUGAAACGUGCCCAAAUGAUGCAAACAAAAAGAGAUCACAGGAAAUCCUGGGAUCAGAAAUCAAAGGCAUAGAUGGAUCAGCAUCUAUCACUCGUAAGCAUACCAAGUUGGAUAUUCAAGCUGAGUGUCAAGCACUGUCUUCCAAUAGUGUACGUGGAUGUAAAACAAUGGAUAAAUCCUGUCUUCUCGAGUUUGAUGGUGCUUCAAAAGGAAAUCCUGGACAAGCUGGGGCAGGAGCUGUACUACGAAAUGAUGAUGGAAGCUUGAUCUGCAGAUUACGGGAAGGACUGGGCAUUGCAACCAAUAAUAUGGCUGAAUAUCGAGCCAUCUUAUUGGGAAUGAAGUACGCUCUUGAAAAAGGCUAUACAAAAAUUCAUGUCAAAGGAGACUCCAAGCUUGUCUGUAUGCAGAUUGAGGGUUCAUGGAAGGCCAGACAUGAGAACAUCACCAACUUGUACGAAGAAGCUAAGAAGCUGAAGAAUAGUUUUCUUUCUUUCCACAUCAGUCAUGUUCCGCGGGAAUAUAAUUCAGAGGCUGAUUCUCAAGCGAACCUGGCCAUCAAACUUGCCGAUGGUGAAGUUCAAGAGGAGUUUGAGUAGUAUUUGUCUAAUGGUGGUACCUAGUACAUACAUUUCAUUUGAAUCAGAAAUCAAGUACUGUAUUUCCUGUUUAUCCAUUGUUCUUCGGGCAAAAAGAUUUUGUCAGAGGUCGUGGUGAGAGGAUCAAACCACAAGUCCUGGUUGCCGGUGCAGUUGCAAUGAUUGGAGCUCAUUGCAAAACUUUUUUCCUGCAAAAUCAGUACGUUCAGUUACAAUGAUUAGCAUGGGCAUAAUUUUAGCGACAUGCCCUCAUGUGUGCAUUGUUAAAGAUCCAUAAUUCCAUAUUUAGACAUUGUUCUAUACAGCUCCCGUUUUUUGUGGAUGGUACAAUACUCCAUGGACCAUGAUCAUAUCACUUGUAUGGAUAGAGUAAUAAUAAUUAGAGAGAAUCUCAAGUGAUGGACAAA